AUGGCUCAUAACAUCACUUUUAAACUCUAUCAGUGUAUAGAAUGUGGAAAGAGCUUCAGUAGGGGCUCCACUCUCACUUCCCAUCAAAGAAUUCAUACAGGGGAGAAACCCUAUCAGUGUGUGGAAUGUGGAAAGAGCUUCUGGAAGAAGGACAAGCUCUCUUCCCAUCAAAGAAUUCAUACAGGGGAAAAACCCUAUCAGUGUGUGGAAUGUGGAAAGAGCUUCAGUACAAGCUCCACUCUCACUUCCCAUCUAAGAAUUCAUACAGGGGAGAAACCCUAUCAGUGUGUGGAAUGUGGAAAGAGCUUCCGGAAGAAGGACAAUCUCACUUCCCAUCAUAGAAUUCAUACAGGGGAGAAACCCUAUCAGUGUGUGGAAUGUGGACAGAGCUUCCGGAAGAAGGACAAUCUCACUUCCCAUCAUAGAAUUCAUACAGGGGAGAAACCCUAUCCGUGUGUGGAAUGUGGAAAGAGCUUCAGUACGAACUCCAAUCUCACUUCCCAUCAGAGAAUUCAUAGAGGGGAGAAACCCUAUCAGUGUGUGGAAUGUGGAAAGAGCUUCAGUCAGAGCUCGUCUCUCACUUCCCAUCAAAGAAUUCAUACAGCGGAGAAACCCUAUCAGUACUUGGAAUGUGGAAAGAGCUUCAGGAAAAAGGACAAGCUCACUUCCCAUCAAAGAAUUCAUACAGGGGAGAAACCCUAUCAGUGUGUGGAAUGUGGAAAGAGCUUCGGUACGAGCUCCAAUCUCACUUCCCAUCAGAGAAUUCAUACAGGGGAGAAACCCUAUCAGUGCUUGGAAUGUGGAAACAGCUUCAGUCAGAGCGCUCAUCUCACUUCCCAUCAAAGAAUUCAUACAGGGGAGAAACCCUAUCAUUGUGUGGAAUGUGGACAGAGCUUCCGGAAGAAGGACAAUCUCACUUCCCAUCAUAGAAUUCAUACAGGGGAGAAACCCUAUCAGUGUGUGGAAUGUGGAAAGAGCUUCAGUACGAACUCCAAUCUCACUUCCCAUCAGAGAAUUCAUAGAGGGGAGAAACCCUAUCAGUGUGUGGAAUGUGGAAAGAGCUUCAGUCAGAGCUCGUCUCUCACUUCCCAUGAAAGAAUUCAUACAGCGGAGAAACCCUAUCAGUACUUGGAAUGUGGAAAGAGCUUCAGGAAAAAGGACAAGCUCACUUCCCAUCAAAGAAUUCCUACAGGGAAGAAACCCUAUCAGUGUGUGGAAUGUGGAAAGAGCUUCAGUUAUGGCUCCCAUCUCACUAAGCAUCAGAGAAUUCAUACAGGGGAGAAACCCUAUCAGUGCUUCGAAUGUGGAAAGAGCUUCAGUCAGAGUGCUCAUCUCACUUCCCAUCAAAGAAUUCAUACAGGGGAGAAACCCUAUCAGUGCUUCGAAUGUGGAAAGAGCUUCCGGAAGAAGGACAAUCUCACUUCCCAUCAUAGAAUUCAUACAGGGGAGAAACCCUAUCCGUGUGUGGAAUGUGGAAAGAGCUUCAGUACGAACUCCAAUCUCACUUCCCAUCAGAGAAUUCAUAGAGGGGAGAAACCCUAUCAGUGUGUGGAAUGUGGAGAGAGCUUCAGUCAGAGCUCGUCUCUCACUUCCCAUCAAAGAAUUCAUACAGCGGAGAAACCCUAUCAGUACUUGGAAUGUGGAAAGAGCUUCAGGAAAAAGGACAAGCUCACUUCCCAUCAAAGAAUUCAUACAGGGGAGAAACCCUAUCAGUGUGUGGAAUGUGGAAAGAGCUUCAGUUAUGGCUCCCAUCUCACUAAGCAUCAGAGAAUUCAUACAGGGGAGAAACCCUAUCAGUGCUUGGAAUGUGGAAAGAGCUUCAGUCAGAGCGUUCAUCUCACUUCCCAUCAAAGAAUUCAUACAGGGGAGAAACCCUAUCACUGCUUGGAAUGUGGAAAGAGCUUCAGGAAAAAGGACAAGCUCACUUCCCAUCAAAGAAUUCAUACAGGGGAGAAACCCUAUCAGUGUGUGGAAUGUGGAAAGAGCUUCAGUACGAACUCCAAUCUCACUUCCCAUCAAAGAAUUCAUACAGGGGAGAAACCCUAUCAGUGCUUGGAAUGUGGAAAGAGCUUCAGGAAAAAGGACACGCUCACUUUCCAUCAAAGAAUUCAUACAGGGGAGAAACCCUAUCAGUGCUUGGAAUGUGGAAAGAGCUUCAGGAAAAAGGACAAGCUCACUUCCCAUCAGAGAAUUCAUACAGGGGAGAAACCCUCUCAGUGCUUGGAAUGUGGAAAGAGCUUCAGGAAAAAGGACAAGCUCACUUUCCAUCAGAGAAUUCAUACAGAGGAGAAACCCUAUAAGGGACACAGAGACACUGACCAUGUCCUCUUCUGCAAGUCCAACGUUCUCUCCCAUUCCUACUGCCUGCAUCAGGAUGUCAUGAAGCUAGCCUGUGCCAGCAUCAAGGUUAACAUCAUCUAUGGACUCGUGGUCAUCAUUUUUGCCAUUGGGGUGGAUUCCCUGCUCAUCUCCUUGUCUUACUACUUCAUCCUGAAGGCUGCCCUGAGUUUGAGCCAAGAGGCACGUGCCAAGGCUCUCGGGACGUGCAUCUCCCACAUAUGUGCUGUCUUCCUUUUCUACGUGCCCUUCAUUGGCUUGUCCAUGGUUCACAGGUUUGGUAAGACGCACGGCUCCAACAUCCAUACUGUGAUGGGCAAUGUCCACCUUCUGGUGCCUCCAGUACUGAACCCCCUCGUCUAUGGGUGUAUGGAAUGUGGAAAGAGCUUCAGUAUGAGCUCCACUCUCGCUUCCCAUCAAAGAAUUCAUACAGGGGAGAAACUCUAUCAGUGUAUGGAAUGUGGAAAAAGCUUCAGGAUGAGCUCCACUCUCGCUUCCCAUCAAAGAAUUCAUACAGGGGAGAAACCGUAUCAGUGUGUGGAAUGUGGAAAGAGCUUCAGUCAGAGCUCCCAUCUCACUUCCCAUCAGAGAAUUCAUACAGGGGAGAAACCCUAUCAGUGUGUGGAAUGUGGAAAGAGCUUCAGUCAGAGCUUCUCUCUCACUUCCCAUCAAAGAAUUCAUACAGGGGAGAAACCCUAUCAGUGUAUGGAAUGUGGAAAGAGCUUCAGGAAGAAGGGCAAUCUCACUUCCCAUCAAAGAAUUCAUACAGGGGAGAAACCCUAUCAGUGUGUGGAAUGUGGAAAGAGCUUCAGUCGGAGCUCCAAUCUCAUUUCCCAUCAGAGAAUUCAUACAGGGGAGAAACCCUAUCGGUGUGUGGAAUGUGGAAAGAGCUUCUGGAAGAAGGACAAGCUCACUUCCCAUCACAGCAUUCAUACAGGGGAGAAACCCUAUCAGUGUGUGGAAUGUGGAAAGAGCUUCAGUACAAGCUCCACUCUCACUUCCCAUCUAAGAAUUCAUACAGGGGAGAAACCCUAUCAUUGUGUGGAAUGUGGAAAGAGCUUCCGGAAGAAGGACUAUCUCACUUCCCAUCAUAGAAUUCAUACAGGGGAGAGACCCUAUCAGUGUGUGGAAUGUGGAAAGAGCUUCAGUACAAGCUCCAAUCUCACUUCCCAUCAGAGAAUUCAUACAGGGGAGAAACCCUAUCAGUGUGUGGAAUGUGGAAAGAGCUUCAGGAAGAAGGACAAGCUCACUUUCCAUCAAAGAAUUCAUACAGGGGAGAAACCCUAUCAGUGUGUGGAAUGUGGAAAGAGCUUCAGUACAAGCUCCAAUCUCACUUCCCAUCAGAGAAUUCAUACAGGGGAGAAACCUUAUCGGUGUGUGGAAUGUGGAAAGAGCUUCUGGAAGAAGGACAAGCUCACUUCCCAUCACAGCAUUCAUACAGGGGAGAAACCCUAUCAGUGUGUGGAAUGUGGAAAGAGCUUCAGUCAUGGCUUCCAUCUCACUUCCCAUCAGAGAAUUCAUACAGGGGGAAAACCCUAUCAGUGUGUGGAAUGUGGAAAGAGCUUCAGGAAGAAGGACAAGCUCACUUCCCAUCAAAGAAUUCAUACAGGGGAGAAACCCUAUCAGUGUGUGGAAUGUGGAAAGAGCUUCAGUAAAAAGGACAGUUUCACUUCCCAUCAAAGAAUUCAUACAAUUCAUGUGGAUUAUUGUGAUGAAUCGGAAAUCGAGAACAAAGGUGGCCACAACAAAAUCCCCAGAGAGGAGAAGCCAAUUACAAAAUUGGAGUGUGCAACAGACGGGGAGACAACAGCGCAAAAGCACAGCAGAGCAGAUAACGGGCAGCGGGAAUUAAUAGCGCAGAGUUCUUCAUUGAAGUAA